AAAAACAAAUGAAGAAGGCGGAAACCAGUAGUUCAAAUGUUUCCGGCCGAAGGUAUUUUGAGUGAAGACUCGUGGAAAAUUUGUUUAAUUCGCACGCUAACAACCAUCAGUUUUGUGCUCUUUCGGUUUUAAUCGUGGAAGGCGCAAUGAAUCCAGGGUCUAACAAGGACAACAUCAGAGCUGGAUGCAAGAAAUGUGGAUAUCCGGGUCACUUGACCUUUGAGUGCCGAAACUUUGUCAGAGUUGACCCCCAGAAGGACAUCGUGCUGGACGUAAGCAGCACCAGCACGGAGGAGAGUGAAGAUGACGUGGCUGCAGCUCAGCAAAAUGAGAAGCCGGGGAGACAGCGUCGUAAAGGUUCCCAUGACGAUGAUCAAAAAAAGAAACACAAACGGAAGAAGAGCAGAGACAGAACGUCAAGAAAGAGAUCUGCUUCGUCAUCGAGCGAUGAGGAGGCCACGAAGAAGAAAAAGAAAUACAACAGAUCCUACUCCUCCUCCGAUGAAGAGGAUAGGAGGAAGAAAAAGAAACUGAAAAGCCACAAGAAGAAAAGCAAAAAGAACAAGAGAGGACACGCGAAGGAUCACAAGAAGAAACAGAAGAAGAGGAAACAAGAAUCGUCCUCCUCUUCUUCCUCCAGCUCCAGUGAAUCUUCAGACAGUGACUGAGACAAUCCAACGCUGCUGUUUCUGGAGGAAUGACAUGUUUAUCCUCCGUGAUCAGAACUGUUUUGCAGACUAUGUGUAAAUAAGCCUCAUAAUCGUGUCCUGUACAAGUUUCCAAUACUGUGACAUGGAUUUAAAUGAUUCAGUGGUUCAAAAACACAGUAGAAAUCAUUGUCUCAUACCAUCAUGAAAAUGAAAUGAAAUUUUCUGAAAGAUUUUGGCAAAUAUGUACCAAACCAGGGAACAUGUACUGAUAUAUUAUUUUAUUUGUCUUUCCAGAAACGUUCUCAUUUCGUAUUUGUUGUGUGCAGAAGAAUCUUAGUUGACGCUUAACACUUUGUGCAGUCUCUUGUCAUACACUGAACAGUUUAGGGGCAACAAGUCUGCAUAUCUGUAAUGUGAUUUAAUAAGAUUCUGAGGGCUGUCAUUUUGUUUUUUGUUAUUUAUGCGCCUUGUUAUUUCCAUGCUUCUCUUUGCAAUUGUACACAAAAACAUUUUUAAAGGUGUGAUAUGAAUGGUAAAUAUGAUCUGACUAAAUCUUUGGUUGAAAAUAAUGGCUGCCCAUUUCUUUGGCAAUGUUGACAAGAACUCAAAACGAUUUGUAUCAUUUAUGCCAUGGUGGAAACUUUUUUUAUUCCAGAAGUUUGAUUUUUUUAAUGUAACAGAAAUUCUGUCUGAUUUGGUUCUCACCAUCGAGUGUUCUUUUAUGGUUAUAAAAUAAAUAUAUAUUUGUA